AUGCUGAGCGAGACCGAUGUAUUAACAGUAGUGAUUUUAAUUCAUGUCAAAAAUUCUCUGUGCCUGUACCCAAACUUGGAGAGCGUACCAGACAUCACCACAAUGGCACCACAAUGGGUUUAUGCAGCCGGAAACUGUUGGGUUCCCUUCGAUUAUGUAACGAAUUCAGCAAUUGAGAGACUCUGGCGUGUAGGUGCCGAUGGCAAUCUUAAUGUCGGAGGCUACCUUGCCUACAUCAACACGGCUGGAUUGUACAUGCUACAGCACAACACCAAGCGUACGAUCACUCGAACGGGCUGUUAAUAUUAUUACACGACAACAGCUACAGAUAAUGCCAACCCAUUCUCGUACUACUGUGAAGUCAGUCGCAAGCUGUUGCUUUCAUCUCGCCGACCUGACGACGACGACGGUUCCAAC